AUGAAGUCCCUUAAUAGCACAAACACAGCUAAAAAUGUCGAGAAAUGGGGCGAGCUGAGAGAAGUGUGCCUGUACAGAUAUAUGACAUACAACAACAUCCCAGAAAAUGUUAAUUCCUUUGUGAGGUUUUUUGUGCUAGAGGCCAUCAAAGGUUUAAAGACAAGAGAAUCCUCUAAACUGGUUGUUCACUGCAGUGAUGGAAUCGGCAUGUCAGCUGUUUUGGUUGCUAUUGCCAACGGCAUUGAGAGUUUGGCAAAACGAGGCUCUGUUGAUGUUUACAACAUCGUGAAAGUGUUGCGCAAUGACAGAGCUGGUGCUGUGGAGCAGUUUGAUCAGUACCGCUUUAUAUACGAGGCCUUGCAAGAAUACUUGGUGCAGAUGCGGGAUAGUCAACAGGAGUACAUCAAUAAUUCCGACAUCACUUCAAGCAUAUGAAGACCUUAGUCAUGGAGUCAUGUGAAGACUCAGUUACUUUUC